AUGCCCGCCCGAAACCCUACCGGCUUCGACAUUGCCCAAUUCAAGGCUGCGGCCUCCCCGUCCUCGGUCUACGCUAAGCGGGAUCCCUGGGCUCGCCAUGAGACCUGGCGCUACACUGGCCCUUUCACCCGGUGGAACCGUUUCAAGGGCCUUUUCCCCGGUCUCGGCAUCGCAACCGUCGCUUUCACUGCCUACUGCGCAUACGAGCACUUGUUCCUCAAGGAGGAGCACCACCACGGUGAGGCCCACCACUAG